AUGCUUGUUUACCUACAACGAGCUCAUUUUAUACGGGUUUGCCGAGUUCCUAGCCUAGAAGAGGCAAUCUUGCUGCUUCAAAGGCGCAACAAGAAAGCUUCCUUUCAGGAUAACACGGCUGAGGCAGUGACUUGUCCUAGGUCGUCUUUUCCCCAUGGAUCAGCAGCGGCUGCCGACGUGCAACCUAUUGUGACACCUUCAGCUGCGGUCCAACGCAAUUGUUGGACUAUCCAGACUAAUCCUGCAGCAGAAACAAGCACCAAAGUGCCUUCUUGCAGAAGUAUUCCUCCCACGCGCUCCAGGCGGUCCUGGGUGUGUAGGGAUCCUGGGCAUUCAAAAGGCAACAGGAGAUCCGUGGCACUAGAUUUGGCUGUAAUGGCGACACCAGAUGGUCCACAAGCAGCAAGCAAGCUUGCGGAGGAGUCCAGAACGCAGAAAUCUUCGUUGAGUGAUGAGGAUCCUCUCGUUCAAUACGUGGUGCUGCGUAAGGACUUGACCGCGAAGCUGAACUGGCCUCUGGGCGCAGUUGUGGCUCAAGCGUGCCAUGCUGCGGUGGAUGCGCUAGGGAUUUCCAUGGCAGGAAACGGAGACGAAGCCAAGACAUAUUUGGCUGCAGGCAGUAGCAUGAGAACAGUCGUCUUGCAAGUCCCAGGGGAGGCUGAAUUGCUGAAGCUUCGGGACAAGCUGGAGCAGAGUCAAAUCGGCCACUCGUUAUGGAAAGAAGAACCCGAGAAAAUUCCGACAGCACUAGCAUCUGUGCCGAUACGAAAAAGUGCCGGAAAGGUCUUCAAAGGACUCAAACUUUUGUCAUAA